CAAGUCGGGACAAGCGACGACGAACGAUGGCAACGAUCAGCGGGUACCUGAGCAAGAUGAAGCGUGAGCCCAAGAUGCUCACGUCCGACUGGACGCGGCGGUGGUUCUCUCUCGAAGGCAAGCAACUCAAGUACUACCAGUCCAAAACGUCGACGGAUGCGUCCAAGAGCAUCGACCUCUUGUCCAUUGAGUCGAUUCGCCCAUUUGAUUCAGGCGACCACGGGCUCUAUAGCUUUGUCCUCAAGACGCCGGACCGAAGCUACUUUCUGCGCGCCGAAUCGGAGGGUGACUUGAAGCGGUGGGUCCGUGGCUUGCGCGAGCAGCAAGACUUAUGGAAGGAAGAGCUACGACCAUCGCCGCGACCGAGCUUCAAGGUCAAGCACUACAAGGACAUCCCUCUGGCCACCAAAACCAAGCGAGCCGACAACGAUAUCGACGCGAAGGGUGUCCUCGAGGACUAUCUGCCAGAGUCGCCCAAGAAACAGCCGCGCAAGGCGCGCUAGAGUGAAACAGCGAGUAUUCAUUUAUGCAGUAUUGUGCCAUAUCCA